AUGAAAGGACGACAAAGAAACAAAGACUCUCAUGAUGAGGACACGGCAACAGCUAUUAAGAACACUGACCCACAUCCUGAUAUCCAACCGCCAGGUUCACCUUCUCCAUCAUCAUCAUCUUCUCCCCCUCUUCCUCCAUUAGCCAUGGCACCUUCCACAUCCGCCUCUGCUCUCCUGGCACUGGCAUCUCCAGCCACCAGGCGCUCCAUUUCCAUGGGAGACUUCCGGAGGGUGACAGGGGCUCUGUUAGCUGGUUCUGAACCCCCAUCCACCUCAGCCACGGCCCCCUCCUCUAAGCUUGUCACCCCCAGCUCCAGCAUGGAGUUUGAGGCAGCUCGACGGCGCCUCCUGGAGGUGGAAGAACGUCAGCGUGUCAUCAGAGAGAUGGAACGGCGGCUGGAGGAGCUCAGGGAGGUGUUUGUGCGCUCAGAACAGGAGGUGGUGGUUCACGGGGAGCUGGUGUCAAGGAUAUCUAGUGCAGCCCAGCAGGGGGAGCUGUAUGUGGCUGAGAAUAGCCAACGGCUGAAGAAAGGCCUGAGGUUCAAGAAACAUCGACCCACCAUCGUCUUCUCCUCCAUGCUCGGCCUCCGCACGUGCCUCCCCUGGCCUGUGAAGCUCAAAUAG